GCCGCCGGGGCCCGCUCCGCGCCGCCCGUCGUCGCCACUGCCGCCGCUCCGCCUCCGCCUGAAUGGUGUGAAGGAGGCGAAGAUCGGGGUCCCCGACGCCGCGCCCCCCCGCCCGUCCCCGCCGACCCCCGGGCUCCCCCUUCCGGAGACCCGCGCUCUCGGCCGCUCCGGAGCUAAAGCCUCAAGACUUACAUAAUGGGAGCAUUUUUAGACAAGCCAAAGAUGGAGAAACAUAAUGCCCAGGGCCAGGGCAACGGGCUGCGGUAUGGGCUGAGCAGCAUGCAGGGGUGGCGAGUGGAGAUGGAGGACGCGCACACGGCCGUGAUCGGUUUGCCCAGCGGACUGGACAGGUGGUCGUUCUUUGCCGUCUACGACGGGCACGCCGGCUCCCAGGUAGCCAAGUACUGCUGCGAGCACUUGUUAGACCACAUCACCGGUAACCAGGAUUUUCGAGGAGCCGACGGGCCGCCGUCCGUGGAGAACGUCAAGAACGGGAUCCGGACGGGCUUCCUGCAGAUUGACGAACACAUGCGAGUAAUCUCGGAGAAGAAGCACGGUGCCGACCGGAGCGGCUCGACCGCGGUGGGGGUCAUGAUUUCUCCCCAACAUACUUAUUUCAUCAACUGUGGAGACUCUCGCGGGUUGCUUUGUAGGAACAGGAAGGUUCAUUUCUUCACCCAAGACCACAAACCAAGCAACCCCCUGGAGAAGGAGCGCAUCCAGAACGCGGGUGGCUCGGUCAUGAUCCAGCGUGUGAACGGCUCUCUCGCCGUGUCGCGGGCACUGGGGGACUUUGAUUACAAAUGCGUCCACGGGAAAGGGCCGACGGAGCAGCUGGUCUCCCCAGAACCCGAAGUGUGCGAGAUCGAGCGGUCGGAAGACGACGACCAGUUCAUCAUCCUCGCCUGUGACGGGAUCUGGGACGUCAUGGGCAACGAGGAGCUCUGCGACUUCGUACGGUCCCGGCUCGAGGUGACCGACGACCUGGAGAGAGUUUGCAACGAAAUCGUCGACACCUGCCUGUACAAGGGAAGCCGAGACAACAUGAGCGUGAUAUUGAUCUGUUUUCCGAAUGCACCGAAGGUAUUGCCAGAGGCCGUGAAGAGGGAGGCAGAGUUGGACAAGUACCUGGAAAGCAGAGUAGAAGAAAUCAUAAAGAAGCAGGGGGAAGGCGUUCCAGACUUAGUCCACGUGAUGCGGACGCUAUCCACGGAGAGCAUCCCAAACCUCCCGCCGGGGGGAGAACUGGCCAGCAAGCGCAGUGUGAUUGAAGCCGUUUACAAUCGAUUGAAUCCCUACCGGAACGAUGACACUGACUCUGCAUCAACUGAUGACAUGUGGUAAAACUGCCCGUCACCCGUGGAGUUUUUCUUCAUCCUCCAAAUGAGAGGCUCCAUCCAACUUCAUUGAACCCUCUUAACCUCCGCCGUCAGCCGUGUUAAGAGAAGGGGAUGUAAUGUUGGGGAGUGUGACGACACCCGAAAACUACAGCAGUGCAACAACUGGCCCAGAACUGAGUCCUUUUUUUUUCCUUUUUUUUUUUUUUUUUGUAAAAUUGAGACUUAUGUAAACGUGAUUUCAAACCAUAAUCCAUGUUGUGAAUCAGACUCCAGCAAUUUUUGUUGUAUGAUUUUGUUGUUUUUUUUUUUUGUAAAGUGCAAUUGUCCUUGUACAAAAUGCUCAUAUUUAAUUAUGAACCGCUUUAAAUCACUAUCAAAGUUAUAAGAAAACGUUUGGCUUGUUGUGUGACGCAACAAAUAUAUUGCCCUUUAAAUUCGUGUUGUGGUUUGGAUUUGGGGUGGGGCAGAGGGAAGGAGCAGCACCAGGUAGAUGCUGAAAAUGCGCACGAUCAUGAAGACGUAGAUCAUUUCACAAUCUGACCGAGACGAACCCCGAGACGUUAUUUCUCCAGACUGUCCAAGGUCACGGGCCCCGGCUCCCCCCGGGUCACCCCAACAAGGGCCUUCCCUUGCGGUGGUGGCCACUGCUCUCCGUUGCAGCGUCUACCCGAGGAGGGGGGUCUGGGGGCUCGGACGCCUUGAUUCAUUGCACCUCUUUUACACGUCCUUCCAUUCAGUUACUAAUCGAGGACGGGGAGGACGAGCCGCUUCCCCGUAGAGUAGGGAUCUGCAACGUUUUUACUCGUGAUUGGCCGGGCCUGCUGCUGCUGUUCCUAGUUAAAUAUUCUGAAUUCCAUUUUAUCAAUAAAGCUUGAUUUAACAAACAAGAAA